AUGCCGGCGGCAGAUCCCCCCGUCACCGACGCGGCGCCUGACGAAGGCGCGCCUCCCCGACCAUCUCCUCCGCCGCCGCCACCCCGGCCCCUCUCCCUCGCCUCGGCGCUCCCCUUCUGGUUCUACCUCGCCGCCGCCGUCUCCCUCCUCGCGCUCCUCCUCCCCCACAUCCUGCCUCCCUCCUCUCCCGCGCCUCUCCCGCCUCUCCUCCGCGGACACCUCGCCGCAGGCCGCGUCCUCAAGCUCGAUCCCGCCCCCGGCCUCUUCGCCGUGACCUCCCUCCCCGCCGACAGCGGCGGCGGCGGCGGCGGGGGCUCCCCCGCGCACCGCGUCCUCGUCCUCCCGGGCCUCGCCGCGGGGUCCUUGUCCUUCCGCCGCGUCCUCUCGUCGCUCUCCUCCCGCGGCGUCCACGCCACGGCGCUCGACCUCCCCGGCCAGGGCCUCUCCCCGCGCCCCCCCGCCGCGCCCGCGCCCGCGCCCUCCCGGACCAGCGCGCUCCGGGAGAUCAUGGACCGCGGCAUCUUCCACGCCUUCGAGCACCUCGUGCAGACCGGCGAGGUCCCGUACCAGGAGGAGGCGCCGCCAGCCGCCGCCCCGAGGUCUCCGCACGCGCCCGACGAGGCGGCCGCGGCCGUCGCGCGCGCCGCGGAGGCGCUCGGCCUCGGCGUGGCACCCGUCCACCUCGUGCUCCACGACACCGCGCUCGCGGCCGGGGCCGCGUUCGCGUCGGCGCACCCGGGGGCCGUGCGGAGCGUGACGCUGGUCGACGCCGCCGCGUCCCUGCCGGCGUUCCCGGCCGCGGUCUUCGACGUGCCCGUGCUGGGGAGGCUGGUGCUGCGGGUGCCGGCGCUGUUCCGCGGCCUGCUGCGGCUGUGCUGCGCCCGGGGGGUUGGCGCCGAGGAGGCAGAGGCGUACCGGGCAGCGAUGCGGGGGGAGGGGAAGGCUGAGGGGGUGGUUGAGGCAUGGAAGGCGAUGAACCACAGCUUUCGGCUUGGGGAGUGGAGGGGUUCUUCGGAGGAGGUGAGGAGGCUGCCGAUGCUGGUGCUGUGGUCGGGUUCUUGGUCAGACAUGUGGAUCGAUGAGGGGAAGAAAGUGGCGGCUGCAUUGCCUGACGCCAAAUUUGUCUACCAUUCCGGAGGCCGAUGGCCUCAGGUCGAUGCCUUUGAGGAAAUUUCAGGGCUGAUAACCGAGUUUGUAACCUCAUCUGAAGAAGCAGCAGGUGGUCAAAUUGAAUAG